CUAUUAAUGUAGAUCAUAUAAGUGUCAACAAUGUGAUUUAUUAUGUAAAUUAUGAUCAUAAAACUGUUAUAUUUUUUCAUGAAUGAGUUGUGGACAAUUUGGUGGAGUUUUGUUCUCUGAGCUGGAUGGUUUGGUCGUGGAGCUUUCAUCGUUCUUCUGAACGACAUCAUCAACACAAACUUCAGUUAGAAGUGAAGUGUUCGAAUUUCUCCAUAUGUGUUUCACAUCAAUUACCAGUCAAACGCCAUGAUAUCUCCUCACUUAUAUCAAUACACGUGGACAACUCCGGACACUCAUUCGAUUGGAAAAAUGUGAAAAUCUUAGACGGAGGAAAUCCCAAAAACAGCAGAGGAUUUUUACAAGCCUGGCACUCAGGUCAAUCAGCAAUCAACAAGCACAUUGAAAUCAAUCCAAUUUACCAACCAAUCAGAAAAAUCAUGCACAAAUAUAGGAACAAAAAUCAAACCAAUGGGAGACACAACCACACACAAACAAAGUAGUAAACAAUGACAAACUUAAGGUCAAUAAGAACCAAUCACCAUCGAGGUGCACAGAACAAGCUGUGAAACACAUAUGGAGAAAUUCGAACACUUCACUUCUAAAUGAAGUUUGUGCUGAUGAUGUCAUUCAGAAGAACGAUGAAAACUCCACGACCAAACUAUCCAGCUCAGAGAACAAAACUCC